AUGGGUGGCGAAAGGCCCCCCGCCGACGGCGCUUCACCGCAUCCCCCAACGCUGCGCGUCUUCCCCUCCCUGCCGUCCUCGGGUUCAUCCAGCCGCGCCGACAAUGAGAAGAAUGAUACUACCGCAGAGUCCCACAAUAAGAGCAAGGGCAAGAGCAAGAGUAAGGGCAACGACACGGAUGCGCCUGCCAACGAUGACUCGGAAUGGUCGUCGAUCUUUGGCGGACUCAGCUCUGCCAUCGACGAUGCUGCAAUGAACAUAUCGUCACCCCCACCUCCUUCUGCAUCCUCUGAUGGACCGUCAACAGGGUUUCUCGCUCUGCCUGAAUACGUCCACCAGAAGCGUAAGCGCACACGCUCGCACAAACGCUCGCUCUCCGUCGGCGCCGAGCCCAACUUCUUUGGCUCGCCUGGAAGCCUCCUCCCCCUCCGUCUCGACCCUGCAGAGGAACCGCUGCACGGCCAGCACAUCCCCAUGCGCGCAAUCAGCGGCUUUCAUCCACACCUUUACACCCUGCGUCUGAGCUCAAGCCGCUCUGCCAAGGAGCCAUCCCCACAGCAUCCAGGUGGACUCCUUGCGUCGCCCAUCCACCUUGGCAAAGUAACCGAGCGCCCACCAUCGCCACUCGAGCUGGCGUCUGAGCCGAAAACAGCUCCUCACAGUGAGCCAGGCCCAACGUCAUCGCGUGCCAUCGAGUUCCCUGGCGCCGACAGCCCGCCGUCGCCCGACAAUCCCGACAAUCACUUGGCAUCUUCACCCUCCGACUCGCCUGGAAGCUGGCUCCGCUCACCCACGACAAAUCGUACACGCUUCCGAAGCGACGGCUCGGACGUCGACGCAAUCAUGUUCACGCCCCGACAGCUCGACUUUGAGGGCGAUGACGGGCCCCUCGUCACCGGCCGCCGUCUGCAAUGGAACCCGUUUGACAUCGGCGACAGCGAUCGGCCGUCCACAAGCUCCCUGCCUGGUGCACUCCAGGGCGGCUUCCAGAGCAUGGCUCUCGGGCCGGCGUUCGAACCGAGUGAGUGCAGCCGUCCUACUGAGCCUCUGUCCCCGGCGUUCGCGCUUGAAACGGAGCCAGGCGUGAGCAAGUCGUGA